AUGACUGAUCACAUUGAAGCUUUGAAGAUUAUCUUGGCGAAGGACUAUGGAGUAGUCAAAUUCUUUAAAACCUUUGAAUAUCCGUCUUACCAGCGCGAUUUAGCAGAAGAGGAUCUGAGACAAGCGUUAGAAGGUGUCAUAUCGGAAGAAGAUCAAUUGUCAUCAAAGGCGCAACAGUGGCUUCUUGAUUUUGAUAAAAUGAUCCACAGCCUGAACGUGAAACGUUAUUGGAACUCAAUUCAAGCAAGUGAGGAACGUGAAAUAACUCGAAUAAUGAAAGUAAUCUUUAGUGAAAAAGAGGAACAGCAUGUUUACCGUGUAAAAAAAAAUAUCGUUGCACAGCGUGACUUAGCUAGUGAUUCUUUACGAAUUAAUAUUCAGGAACAUCUCGGUAAACGUCUUUCAUCACUGCAUACACCGUAUUCUAACAAGAAGAUAAAAUCAAGUGGCCAAACCGAAAUAGAUGAAGAUCACUCUAUCGAUGCGGUCUAUGGUAAUCACGAUAUACCCUCUAGAGAUCACACUACCACCGAAACUAAACAAGAGAAAAUAAUAGAUGAAACCUCACCUAUCGACCUUAAAUCAUUUGAAGAAGCAUAUUCAGCCCUGGAUCCUAAUUGUAUGUGGACUUUGGAGAGUGGUCGUAGAGUGGAGGAAGUUAUUUACCAAUAUGCUAGAAAUCUUUCUGGAGAAUCAUGCCUUCAUUCGUUUAUUAUCAAUGAUGCUGAUUUAAAUGCUAAAUCAUUAUUUACCAAUAAUGAAUGGGAAGAAAUCACAACGUCAGAAGUUAAGAUAUUCCAAAACUUGAAACUUCACUUAUAG